AUGGCAACUGUGAACUCUGAUCUCGCUCGCGUUAGAGCACAGGCAACUUUUGAUCCAUUGCUGCUCACUCAUUUUAUUUAUGAUGGGCCUGAAAAGACUAAACGCAAGCGUUUCUUACAAAAUUUGGCACUUAAAGACUUCAAAGAACAGAAGUUUCGUCGCUCUGCUGAACUCAGCAGAGAAGAGCAGUAUGAAGAAGCUUUGCGGAAGUGUACUUUUACCGUUCGUAGAAUUAAUGAACUGGGGCUUAAAGAUCCAACUGAAUUAUAUUUGUUUCGAGAGGUUCUGUUUCCCAGCGAGCCAUCCCCAUUUGGUCUCCACGAAAGCAUGUUUAUUCCAACAAUAGACAAACAAGGCACCGAUGAGCAGAGAGCAAAAUGGCUACCAGUUGCUAAAAGAUUUGGUAUCAUUGGAACAUACGCUCAGACUGAGUUGGGUCAUGGUACUUUCCUGCGAGGCUUGGAAACAACCGCCACCUAUGAUCCAAGAGCUAAAGAGUUCAUCAUCAACUCUCCCACUGUUACAUCAGCUAAAUUCUGGCCUGGGGGGUUGGGCAAGACCUCUAACUUUGUUGUUCUGAUGGCCAAGCUGACCUCUAAUGGUCGAGACUGUGGGAUGCAACCAUUCCUGGUACAAAUACGAGAUCUGGAAACACAUCAGCCUCUUCCAGGAGUGAGUGUUGGAGACAUUGGCCAGAAGUUUGGGUAUGGGGCUAUGGAUAAUGGGUUUCUAAAGUUCAAUAACAUCAGGAUUCCAAGGGAGAACAUGCUGAUGAGAUAUUCUCAGGUACUGGAGGACGGCACAUUUGUCUCUCCAAAGAAUGAUCGCCUUCUGUACGGUUCAAUGACUCUGAUACGAUCUCAGAUUGUGGGUGGUUGUGGACGUUCCUUGGCCAAGGCUGUUACUAUAGCAGUUAGAUACAGCGCUGUUCGCAGGCAGUCUGAGAUUAGCGCAGGGGCAGGGGAGGUCCAGGUGAUUGACUUCCAGACCCAGCAACACAGACUGUUUACCUUGGUAGCUUCAGCUUAUGCCUUAAUUGUGGCCGGACAAGUAUCUACACAAGCUUACCUCAGUGUUACCAAGCAGAUUGAAUCUGGGGAUUUCGAUAACUUGCCAGUUCUUCAUGCACUAUCAUCUGCCAUAAAAGCUUUCAGCUCUUGGGAAAUGAUGUAUGGCAUUGAGCAGUGCCGCCUUGCAUGUGGUGGUCAUGGUUACAUAUUAGCCAGUGGCUUGCCAAAGAUCUACACCAAUGAGGUUCCCGCCUGCACAUACGAAGGGGAAAAUGUGGUUCUUUGCCUCCAAACUGCAAGGUUUCUCAUCAAGAGUUACAAUGCAGCAGAGAAGGGAGAGCAACUGCCCAGUUUAGCCCGCUUCCUGCAAGCACCCAAGGGAGAGAAGAGUAGGUUGACAGAGAACCUGGAGUUGGACCAACUUAUUGCUGCUUACGAACACAGAGCAGCCAGACAAGUUCAGGAAGCCAACGCCAGACUUCAGAGCCAUCUGAGCAGAGGAGUCGGUGCAGCUGAAGCCUGGAACAGAUCCUCCCAGUCACUGGUGGAGGCAGUUGUGGCUUUCUCUCAUGCAUUUAUAGUACGGGCCUUCAUAGAAAAGGUCACCUCAGCAAGAUUGGAUCCCUCCCUUUCUGCAGUCCUUGUUCAGCUGUGUCAACUGUACGCGUUACAAGGCAUUGCCAGCAAUUCUGGGCAGUUCCUGAAGGGAGGCUACCUGAGUGACCAACAGCUGCUGGUUGUGGAGAACAAGUUGUAUGAGUUGCUGGCAGCUCUGAGACCAAAUGCUGUGGCUUUAGUGGAUGCCUUUGACUUCCCCGAUCAAGUUCUGGACAGUGAUCUGGGGCGUUAUGAUGGAAAUGUGUAUGAGGCACUUAUGGAGUAUGCCACACGUUCCAAGCUGAACAAAACUCAGGUGCAUGAAGGUUUUCAAAAGUACCAAAAACCUUUUGUAGAUUUCCUGAAGUCUCAAGCAGCAACACAGUCUAAGCUGUGA